UUCAAGGCAAACAAGACGAGCGUGUUCUCCCUAGGGGUGGCCUGAGCAACACAGAAAAAAUGACUAACCACCGCGUGGGCCUGAGCUUGAUUGCGUUAUUGAUAGUGGCAAUGACAUUUCUAGAGGGUGCAAUUGCAGCUGAUUACACUGUGGGAGAUAACUAUGGUUGGGAUGUUCCCCCCAACAACUCCAGUGACUUUUAUGCUAGCUGGGCAAGCAGAUUUGAAUUUAAGAUUGGAGAUGUAGCAGUAUUCAACUGGACUGGGGUUCACACAGCAGCUCAAGUGACAAAUAAGGCUGAUUUUGAUAGCUGCAACAAAAGCAGUGCAGGAAUAAGGCUAAUCGGAGAGGCUGGGGUAGGGGUACCUAUCACUUCGGAGGGCUUCCACUAUUUCAUCUGCACCGUUGAUACUCACUGUGAGCAAGGCCAGAAGGUAGCUCUCAAUGUUACAGCUGAUGUAUCAUCUGCUCCAGUACCACAUCCCACUGUGUUUGCCUUUACCAUGGUUCUCUCUGUCUUGGCCAUCUUUUUGUCGAUUCAUUGAAAUGUUCAAGCUCUGUCCAUUGCUGCAACCUGCUGUUAAGUAGAGCAAGGAGACGAUUAGCAUUGAUUUACUUUACAGGGAUGGUUGGAGUAUAAUUAAUAAAG